GCCAGGUUGAUCCAGAGAAUGGAAAAUCAAGUUCAAUCUCUGAAUUUUGAAGAUGAGGAUACUAAAACCCAGAGAGAAUAAUUCUCAGUGACAAUGAAAACCACCCUUACUCUGGGUUUGCUCUUUGCUGGAUGCUUUUUAGUCAUAAAUAGUUUUCAAGAGGAGAAGUUCCCUGCCAAAAAUCAUCAUGGUCCACACCAGGCCAGACACCCUCUCCAGGAGGCAGAGGAGAGAAAAGCUGGAAAACAAAUUGUUGGCCAAAACACUGAGUUUGCAUGUAAGAUGUACCAAGAGUUGUCCCAGAAAAGUAAAGAUAAGAACCUCUUCUUCUCCCCUCUGAGUGUUUCCACUGGCUUCUCUAUGUUGUCCCUGGGAGCAAAAGAUUACACUCUGUCUCAAUUAACUGAAAUUCUCAACCUAAGGUCAGUGCCUACAAAAAGCAUUCAUCAAGGCUUCCAUUACCUCAUUGAUACUCUUAACCGACCUGAGAGAGAUCUCAAGCUCCACUUGGGCAAUACGCUUUUCAUUGCGGACCAACUGAGAGUUCAGAAAAAGUUUCUGAAUGAUGUCAAGAAUAUUUAUGAAUCAGAAGCCAUCCCUAUGGACUUUCAGGACCUUGAGAAAGCCAUUAUGCAAAUCAACAAUUAUGUCAGUCAGAAAACCCAUGGGAAAAUUAAGAAGUUGAUAAAGAAUUUGGAUCAGGACACAAUGUUACUUCUGAUUAGCCAUAUUUACUUUCAAGCUGAAUGGGAAAAGACGUUUAACCCAAAGGACACAAAAGAAGAUGAGUUCUUUCUGAUCAAUGGGAAGUCUGUGAAAGUCCCCAUGAUGUACCGAGGUGGCAAGUACAAAACUGCUCAUGAUGAGCAGCUCUCCUGUACGGUUCUAGAAAUACCUUUUAAGGGAAAUGUCACAGGGCUUUUCUUGCUCCCAGACGAGGGAAAACUGGAGAAAAUGGAAGAAGGGCUCCAUUCGAACAAGCUGACCCAAAUGAGGCAAUCAUUAAAGUGCAGUUCUGUUCAUGUGUGUUUACCCAAGUUUGCCAUCUCUGGCACCUACAACAUGAAAAAGUAUCUUGCUGGGCUUGGUGUCACCCGAAUCUUUGAUGGAAGUGCUGACCUCACUGGAAUCAGUCCCCAGAAGACCCUGAAAGUUAGCCAGGCUAUGCAUAAAGCUGUGUUGAAGAUAGAUGAAAAAGGAGCAGAAGCUGCUGGAGCAGCUAGCAUUGAGACCCUCCCGAUGACUGUUCCCCAAGUUAUUAAAUUUGACCACCCCUUCCUAAUGAUGAUUUUAGAUGACCUAACCCAGUCUCUUCUCUUUAUGGGAAAAAUAAUGAACCCCAAAUGAAAAUCAAAUAGCAAGCAUCUCUGA